AUGAUUAAACCUAUACUUUUGCUAUUAUUUUAUGCUUACGCCUAUAAAGAAACCCUCACAUUUCUCACAGUCUCCUCAUCAAGCUCUCUUGCAAUCAUAAACUUUACAGACGAUUGAACAGACCCUCACUCUCCCAUCACAAAUUAUGGGAUAUUCCCUGAAUCACUAUAUUCUUUAUUAAAUCUCAGCCAAACGAAACAUUUUGAAGCAACUUUUGCUUGGGGAACUCCUCCUCCGCAGUCUAGCGAAAGAAUUACAAUAUACAAUAAGCUAAAAAAUGAAAAAAUCAGGCUAGAUAAGGCAGGAUUUACCUUAAUUUCUGACUCUUCAUCAAACUGAAAAAUGCUGACUAGCUUGCUUAGCUCAUUAUUCUGCUCAUAUAUUAACGUAGACGACGAAUCCAUAAAAACCAAAGAAUUCCAGCACAUUCAUACCAAUGAUUUUCUAUGUAAAGAAAAUUUCAUUAGAGCUCAACAUUUAUUGCCAUGCCGUGGGAAUAAAGGCUUCUCGACUCUUUUUGGGUCAUUUUAUAGCUCAAAAUAUGUAAGUUUGACUAUUGCAGCUGAAACUGAUGGGGAAAAUAAAUAUAAAUAUACGAUUAGAGCAACAGUAGAAGUCUCUUCAAAAGAGCCACUAAAGUCUGUGUAUGAUGAGUGACUUCGUGCCAUUUAAAUAAUUUGGUAAUGUGACAUUUCCUCACUCCCCCCCCCUUUAAAUUGGAACUAAAAAUUUUGUUCCAAUUUAAAGGGUUUUUAAAAAAACAAUAUCAAUAUAAAAUUUUUUAUAAAAAAAACUUUGUAUAUAAAAAUUUAAAAAAAAAAAUUUCAAAAACUUAUCGAGUUUUAGAUUAAUAAAUUUGUUUAAUAAAAUGCUAUUUACUCUUUAUCCUUUAAAACAAAGCAAGAUAUAACUAAAUUUUCAUUAUCAGUUAAUACGCCACUAUUAAUUGGCAUCAAAAUUAUUUGCACAAAAAUUAUUAUUUUUAUUGAUAAAAUAAAAUUAAAAAAAAAUAAAAAAUUUAGAAAAUUUAUCAUCAAAGUGCUAAUUUUGUCUAAAUAAGAUGUUAUUUAUACUCUAUUCUUUAAAAUAAAGCAAGAAAUAACUAAAUUUUGAAAUUUUAUAAAGAAUUCCUAUUGAAUUUAUAUCAAAACUAUCCAAAUAAAAACUAUCAUUUUUAUCAAAAAAAAUAAAAAUUUUUUUAAAAAAAUUUUUAAAAAAAAAAUUUAAUUGUUGUUUUAAAUUUAGCAAUUAAGGAUAAUAAAUUUAUUUAAAUAAGAUGCUCUUUAUACUUUAUUCUUUUAAAAAAGAGCAAGAUAUAACUAAAUUUUUAAUUUUAGUUAAGAAGAAACAUUUAACUUAUAUCAAAACUUUUUAGAUAAAAAUUAUAUAUAAUUUUUUAUUAUAAAAUUAAAUUUUAUUCCAAGUUAAUUUACCAAAAAAGUGGAAAUUUUUACCUAUAUUUUGUUCCAAUUUAAAGGGGGGGAGUCAGGUAUUUUUGGUAGAAAUUUUUUCCUAGUGAGAAUUUUAAUGGUUUUUGACUGAAGAAAUACCACACGAAGAAAAAGUUAUGACCAAAAUUCUGAUAUGGAGAAGUUCCUAACAAAUGACUGGAAACGAUGAUGAGUGUAUUAGUAGCUCUAUAGAACUUAUAGAAGACGCUGCAAUAGAGUCUCAUCCUCUCCAUACUCUUCAAAUUAGCAAGCUUUCAUUGACAAGCCCUAGCUCAUUUGAAAAUCAGCCUAUUAAAUCGUCCAGAAAAAUUGGUGAUGUUCGAUACAGAUUUGAUACUACUUAUACACAUGUUUUGAAAAAUAAUUCUCCAGAGCUUUUAAAUAUCGCUUUUACUGAAGUAUUUCCGAAUAUCGUAACGCCGCUUCUGCAUACAUUUUCGCAUUCUCCUAUAAAAAUAUUCUUUAUUAUAAUAUAAAGGAAUUUUAAUUUUAAAAAAAAAACAUUAUAGCGAUUUAUAGCCCAGGAGGACUUAUAGCAAGCCUUAAGCUUAGAUUUUAGGCCAAAAUUGUGAAUUUAGCUUGAGUGAUUUUGCUAAAAAUAACUAGUAGCCUAAGGAAAGCAAUAAGCUGUUCUGGGCUAUACAUUAUCCAGGAUAUCAAAAUUCAAAAAAGGGUGGACUGUUGAUUUUGAACUUAUAUUAAAGCCAAAUGAAGAAAUCAGUAUAAAAUUCCAGUUAGAAAAAAAGCUUUUAAGCUUUGAAGAAUACCCAACAGACCCACAGAGAGGCUGGGAUAUCCCUUCUACCAUCAUCAUCUACAAAGGAAACACUCUUGAAGGAAUCCUCCCCACAGACGACUUAUUAGUUAUGACUCCAGAGCCAGAUUUUUCAAUGCCUUUUAACGUAAUCUGUAUAACUGGCUCAGUCAUUGCAUUUUUCUACACCUCAAUUCAAACUUUACAGCUGUGGAAAGAAAAAAUCCAUUGGUCAAACCCUCAUUAUGAGACCUCCGUCAUUAAAGCUCAAAAAAUCCAAACCUAUGUAAAAAAUGGAUUAUUAGGGAUUUCUCUAGUCAUUUUAUAUAUUUUAGACAGAAAAGGAAUAUUAAAGCUGCUAGGCUAA